AUGGCUGAGAAGAACACACACAUCAUCGACCCGGAAGGAGACCUAAUACUCUUCCAUAUAAUGGAUGGAGAAGAGCAUCGGAUCCGAGUAUCGACCAAGCACCUGAUCCGAGCAUCGCCUUUCUUUGCGAGAGUCUGCCCCGGGAGAGAACAAGAGAGCACCGUACCUUCGUGCAGCAGAGAGUGCCUGCCCGACUUCGAGGGGCUGAAGCUCGAAUCUGUGCUCAUACUGAUGCGAAUCAUACACGGCCAAGCGUCUGUGCUGCCUGAAGUAAUCGAUUUCUCGACACUUGUCGAUCUGGCGGUGCUGGCGGACCGCUGCCAGUGUGCACCCCUCGCCCGGUACUUCGCCCUACAGUGGGUCGACAACCUCACCACCGCAACGGAGCGCCCCUCCGAGUACGGCAAGGAAGUGAUGGAGUGGAUAUAUGUGGCGUGGGUGUGGAACCUGAGCAAGGAGUUCGAGGCAAACACUCUUGUGGCCGUCGAGACAAGCUCUGAGAUGGUGCACUCGCACGAUCUCCCCUUGCCCGGGAGGGUUAUCGAAAGAAUCAAGAGGAACCGAGAGAAGGCCAUUGCGAAAGCCCUAGCCAAGUUGAAAAGAGCAGAAAGAAAGUUUUUGAACGGCACUGGCGAGUGUUUUUCUCGCUUCAGUUCCAUCAUGUUGGGGUACCUUCAGAGGAAUCUUUACGAUGCCGGCAUCAAAGACCCAGUCUGGCCGAAGGCUCCAUAUGUCGGCGAAUCGUAUCAGAGGCUGGUCGAAGAAGUCGAGUCUUUCGUGAACCCCGAGGGUGAGGACGGAGAGUGUGACAACGACAAGUAUGACUUGCAUAGAUUUCUUAAUGUCCGCAAUGUUUCGGUGGGUCUGAAACUGGAGAACUUCACCCACAGCAGCUAUGUCAACUCUGAAUAA